UAUGAACCCGGUAGCAAUGUUGCUGAGAAAUUACCGAUGAUUUUUCAUAGAUUUCAAACAAUAAUAUUGUAUAUAUAGCGCGCUUUUGUUUACGGCAAUUUAAGUUACUAAAUCGGAUGAAACGCAAAAUCGACGAUAGUCGCAAGGUGGCGCCAGUGUAAAUACUGUGGUUCAACAAAAUGAUUUCAGCAAAAACAUGCCUUUAUCUGUAUGGCCCUGGAAAGCAAGGAUUGAGAAGCCCGUGUGGUAGUUUAGUAUUUGUGAGGUGGAGGAAGCCACGAUGGAUACCGAUGGCUAAGAGUAAACUGGAGUACUUGCCAGUCAAAAAACCCGUUGACCCAUGGGAGGCUGAUUUUAUGAAAAAGCAAAUGAAUCACUACAGAACGACAAUGAAGGCUCUUAGGGCAUACUUUGCGUGUGAGCAGGAGGCACUCAGUGCUACCGGUACUGUGAUGAUGGAGAAAGCUCGGCAUGAGGAGGAUGAGUUUAGGGCGCUUCUUGAGGAAAAUGCAAGACACAAUGAGCACGUAGCAGCAAUGAGGGAAAAACGCAUUGCUGAUGAGCAAGAAGCUCGGCUAUUGGCGAGAAUGCGAGGGAUUGAGUUUGCUAAACAGAGGAGGGCUGAAGAGAGAGAACAUGCUGACAGUGUGAUUCAACAUUACCAGGAGCUUGCAAAGACGUUAGUCACCGCAGAAACUUGUGAUGAAGCCAUAGAGCAAUGCCUUGAUGACGUAAUAGUGUACGACUUUGCAAUAGACCAGACCGGAAGUGUUUAUCAAGGUAGAACUCUAGAGGUGCUAGAGAAGGUCUCAUCAUUGUCGUCAUCAUCACCAGAGGUAUCUACACUAUCGUGACCACGUUUCACAUCUUGCAGACAGUUGCAACGCUGUGGUUAUGUGUGUGGUUAUGUUGUAACAUAUUACAAAGGUCUGGCACAUUUGUAAUUAUGAACACUUAGCAGUUUCUGACAAUAACGUUUGGUUACAGCUGGUUUUGUUACUCCAGAAAUGUAAAAGUUACUGAGCCCCCCAGUUAGGAAAAGGUACGUUUGCAGACCUUUUUUGAACCUUCACUCAGCUAGUUUAUGUAAUCAUAUUGGUAAUAAAUUGUUAUUAAAAUCUGAAAAAGUA